AUGGAUAUCAAACUAUCAGAACUACCAAUGGUUAUUCAUUCUUGUUUUGUACUACACAAUAUUUGUGAGCUGAACAAAGAACAAGUGCAUGAUGGCCUCAUACAAACAGCAAUCACAUCAGAAAGACAACAUCAGCCACCAUGUGCUGCAAAUAGAUGCACUACUGGAAACAAUGAGGCAGCUGGCAAAAAAGUACGAGACAUUUAUGUUAAGUAUUUUGACUAA